UGCAUUCGUGGAUUUUUUUUAUAUUCGUAUUAUUUACAAUAAUAUUAUUUAUUAUUAUUAUAUCAAGCAAGUACAGUACCCGAGUGUAGUUGAAAAAAAUUAACUGUAUAUGUUGACGCAUAUAUUGUUGAUGUUUCAAGAAUAAAAAUAAUAAUAGGAAAAAAAUACAGUUUUGAAUGUGCAACAAGACAGUCUUUGGAGUGAAGUGAGCGAGAGUGAUAUAUUGUUUUGUUAUCCAAUAAUGCGCUUCUAUAACAUGAAAUAGUCCAUUUAAACCAAAAUAAAAACAAAAAAAAAAGAUUUAAAGUGAAAAAAAAGAAGGGAAAAAACAAAAUAAAAAAGUUAGAAGAAAUAUGCUAAUGUUGCAAAGAGAGCUGCAUACUAAAGCAAUUAACGAAGCGUAACAACGUGUAACAAUUAUAAAGCAGAUACACGAAAAAAAAAAUAAUCUAAAUAAAAAUAAUGAAAUAAAACAGUCAAGUCAGCAGUGUAACAGUGAAAAUUUAAGAGUGUUAAAAAAAAGUAACUUACAAAGAAAACCCACAAAGAAACUGUAAAAUUUAUUCAUAAAAAAAACGGAACGUAUUUAUUUGACCAUAUAAGAGAGAAGACAACCGCUACACAUACACACAGAGUCUCUUACAUCGAUGCUAAAAAGAUUAAUCUUGGUAGUCCGUAGUGGUGAGCAACAAAAUUAAUUCACAACGAUGAUGGUCGAUUCGCAAUUAGUGUGGGCACGGGACCCACACGAAGGCUACGUCAAAGGAAAAAUCACGGAAUUGGGCGCGCAGGAAUUCGAGGUGCAACCGCUGGAUAGAAAGGCACCCAAACGCCAAUGCUUACUCGACGAAAUCUAUCCGGCAUGUGAAAAUGACAAGACGGAUCACGAUGAUAGCUGUGAAAUGAUGUUCCUCAAUGAAGCAACUUUAUUGGAUAAUAUUAAAAAUAGAUACUACAAGGACAAAAUUUAUACAUUCGUAGCAAAUAUAUUGAUAGCUGUUAAUCCAUACAAAGAAAUUAAAGACUUGUAUUCGAGUACAACGAUAACGAAAUAUCAGAAUAAGUCACUGGGUGAAUUGCCGCCACACGUUUAUGCGAUUGCCGAUAAAGCAGUACGUGAUAUGCGAGUUUUUAAGAUGUCACAGUCGAUAAUCGUAAGCGGUGAAUCUGGUACGGGAAAAACUGAAAGUACAAAGUAUAUUCUUAGGUAUUUGUGCGAGUCGGCAAAGACUGCGGGACCGAUAGAAACGAAAAUUUUGGAUGCAAAUCCAAUUUUGGAAGCGUUUGGCAACUCAAAAACGACACGCAACAACAAUUCCUCACGUUUCGGAAAGUUUAUUGAAGUGCAUUACGACCCAAAAUGGCAAGUUGUCGGUGGGCACAUCUCCCAUUAUUUGCUGGAAAAGAGUCGUAUCAUCACGCAAAACCCCGAGGAGCGAAAUUAUCACGUUUUUUACAUGUUAUGUGCUGGAGCACCGCCUCAGCUGCGUGAAAAGCUGUAUUUGAGUAAUCCCGACGAUUUUCGUAUCCUUUCGGGAUGCAAUCAAUACUUCUCCAACAGUCAAACGGAUAAACUUAUCCCAAAUUCGCAAAAAUCCAAGUCGCACUUGAGUCAAGGUUCGUUGCGAGAUCCCUUGUUGGAUGACUACAAAGACUUUUUGGAGCUCGAUCAGGCACUUUCUCGUCUUGGGAUCACGGACGAGCAUAAAAACUCAAUUUAUGCGUUGGUAGCUGCUGUUUUGCAUUUGGGCAACAUUCGUUUUGAGGAGAAUCCGGACGAUACGAGAGGCGGAUGUCGCGUUGCUACGAACGGAGAACAAGCUUUAACUAUUUCCGCAAAGUUAAUUGGGUUGGAUACGUUUGAACUGCGCACCGCAUUGACUUCGAGGAUCAUGCAAAGUAAAGGCGGGGGCAUUAAAGGAACUGUCAUCAUGGUGCCUCUUAAAGUUCAUGAAGCGAAUAAUGCGAGAGAUGCCUUAGCAAAAGCGCUGUACGGAAGACUUUUUGAUCAUAUUGUCGCUCUGAUCAAUCAAAAUAUUCCGUUUCAAGCUUCUGCGUUCUAUAUUGGGGUCCUCGAUAUCGCUGGAUUUGAAUAUUUCACUGUCAACAGUUUCGAGCAAUUUUGCAUCAAUUAUUGCAACGAAAAACUGCAGAAAUUCUUCAACGAUAACAUUUUGAUGCACGAACAGGAGUUGUACAAGCGCGAAGGUUUGAACGUACCUGAGAUCAAAUUCACGGACAACCAAGACAUCAUCGACCUGAUCGAGUCGAAGACCACGGGAGUCUUUACCUUGCUCGAUGAAGAGUCAAAACUGCCGAAACCGUCAUACGAUCACUUCACAUCCGAGGUACACAAACAAUGGCAAGGCCAUUUCCGGAUCUCUUUACCGCGCGCCUCGCGUCUCAAGAGUCAUCGAACGUUGCGCGACGAAGAAGGUUUCCUCAUUCGACAUUUCGCCGGCGCCGUUUGUUACAACACGAAUCAGUUUAUUGAGAAAAAUAACGAUGCCUUGCACUCGUCGUUGGAAGCUUUGGUGCAAGAAUGCUCGAAUCCGCUGUUGAAAAAAUUAUUUGAAGCGAAAAAUUCUUCAAGUACCAAAGGAAAGUUGUCCUUUAUCUCAGUCGGAUCGAAGUUUAAGACGCAACUUGGGGAUUUGAUGAAAAAAUUGGAACAGAAUGGCACAAAUUUCAUUCGUUGCAUCAAACCAAACUCCAAAAUGACGGAUCACGAUUUCGAAGGAGGCUUGGCUCUGGCGCAAUUAAAGUGCUCUGGAACAACUUCCGUGUUGGAACUCAUGGAAUACGGAUAUCCGUCACGUGUACCCUUCACGGAGCUCUAUAACAUGUACAAAGGAUACUUGCCGCCGGAACUGGCAAAACUUCAACCACGUACUUUCUGCGAGGCAAUGUUGCAUUCGCUCAAGUUAAACAGCAAAGAUUUCAAAUUCGGCAUCACUCGAGUGUUCUUUAGACCGGGAAAAUUCGUCGAAUUUGAUCGUAUCAUGAAGAGUGAUCCGGAAAAUUUGCGUGCAAUUGUGGCGAAUGUCAAGAAGUGGUUGGUGCGUUCACGUUGGAUCAAGUCAGCUUAUUGUGCAAUUAGUGUGAUCAAAAUCAAAAAUCGUAUAAAAUACCGCAACAAAUGCGUUUUGAUGCUCCAGAAGACGAUUCGUGGGUAUCUCGUUCGAAAGCAACAUCAGCCCCGUUAUCGCGGAAUCGUCAAUAUUCGUCAAACGAAGGCUAAUGUCAGUAAAAUGGAGGAAUUAGCGAAUCAGUUGAAAGGAGACAAGGCAGAAUUGCUAAAAUGUGUCAACGAAAUCCAACAACUCAUUGACGGAUCGAUCCAGAAAAUUAAAUCGAAUCCGAAAAUCACGCAAAAUCAAAUAAAAUCCAUUCAAGAUGAUAUUGCGAAGAAAAUGGACUCGGAGAUGAGCAUGUUGAAGCAGAAAUUGGCACAACAGAAGAAUGCCGAAGAGCAAGAACGGCUAAGGAAAAUCCAACAAGCGAUGGAAGCUGAGAAACGAGCCAAAGAAGAGGAACAACGAAAGUUGCAACAAGAGGAAGAGGAUCGAAAGAGAAAAGCAGAGAUGGAAAUGCGUCGCAAACAGGAAGAACAGGAACGAAUCCGAUUGGAAGAGGAAGACAUGAAAGCAGCAAUGGAGCUUCAAAAACAACUCGAAAAAGAAGCCCAAGACGAUCAACGGUACCGAAAACAAUUGGAACAAGAACGUCGUGAUCAUGAGCUUGCAAUGCGUUUGGCUGAAGAAACGAAUGGACAAAUUGAUGAAAGUCCAACCUUCAUGCGGAACGGUUCCACUGGCCUUGGCAAUUCAAAUCGAUUGAUCAGGUCGGAACAGAUAAGGGCGCAACAACAACUCGUCGGCAAACAAAAGUUCGACUUGUCGAAGUGGAAAUACUCGGAAUUGCGUGAUGCAAUUAAUACGUCGUGUGACAUCGAGCUUCUCGAGGCAUGUCGUCACGAGUUCCAUCGCCGCUUGAAGGUUUAUCAUGCAUGGAAAGCGAAGAAUCGUAAACGCACGACGAUGGAUGAGAAUGAACGUGCGCCAAGGAGUAUCAUGGAAGCUGCCGCCAAAGCACCUCCCCGUGCAAUCGCCAGCAAACCCGAAGCUCCAACCACAACAUCGAUCGACCGUUAUUUCCGCAUCCCCUUUGUGCGUCCCUCGAACGAUCCGAACGACAACACAAAACGCGGAUGGUGGUAUGCGCACUUUGAUGGUCAAUAUGUAGCCCGACAAAUGGAGCUACAUGCCGAAAAACCGCCAAUUUUACUCGUUGCCGGCGUCGACGACAUGCAAAUGUGCGAAUUGAGCUUGGAAGAAACAGGUUUGACGAGAAAACGCGGUGCGGAGAUCUUGGAACACGAAUUCAACUCGAUGUGGGAACGAAAUGGCGGGAAACCAUACAGGAAAAUGAAUGGAAAUUAAGUUUUUUUUGAGACACGAUUUUUUUAAGUGCUUCCCUUAUUUUGAUUUUUGCACGAUUUCGAUUUUUUUUUCAUAGUUUUUAAUUGAAUUACGAGAUAUUUGACUAUUCUGGACUGCAAAAGUGUCUUUUUUAAGUAGUGGAAAAUUCAUACGUAAAAAUCCGAGAUCUUCAGAAAAAAUUAAGUACCUAAUCAUAAAAAAAAAUUCCAUUAAAAAUUAAUUUUAAUGCAUAAAAAUAUACAAAAAUGUUUGUAAUCAACAAAUUUAUAGCAUUUUCUUUGAUAAAAUAUUAAAUAAAUAAUUAAAAACGAUAAUAUUUA